AACGAGCCGGACGUGUGCGCUGCUGGGGAUGCUGGCGCUUUUUUCGCGUUCCGUUUUUUCGAGUAAACAAACACACAAAAAAUAUUGUUAACACAAUUUUGUCUGUUCUAUUGUGCGGAAACCGAGUGAGCGAGAGGGGAGGUAUACGGAAACCGCAAGCAAAAGCAACAAGCGUGUGGGAAGAGGAAAUCGAAAGGGGAAAUUCCAUCAAGCGAAGUGCUGAAAUAGUCAAUUUACAAUUGGAGCUGCCGAGAAGUCUACAAACACACAUAUAUAUAAAAUAUAAACAUUUUGGCGUAUUUUCCAGUUGAAAUGGAAGCAGAGAACUGAAAUAUGUAAGAAUAGGAAUCCAUUGCUGCAAAUUGCUAAAAAUAAAAAUGAGAAAACCAGCGAAAUCAGAAACCCAAUAACUCAGACUCAAAGGUGCAAAUAAAAACCAGCGAUUUUGAGGCCCAGUCGAACGUGGAAUCGACUUGACCCACAGAGGUGCACGAGCAGAAAGAGACAGACACACCGCUGUAGAACGAGAGGCAGCGACACACGAUGCGUGUGGCUGGGUGGCUCAGAGGUGGCUUAAUGCUCGCCCUGGCCGUAAUAGUAACGCAGGCACGUUUCAUUGCGAAAAGAGAAACCACCGGCUUGGAGCAGGCGGUGGCUUCCACUUCCAUUGACCCUGACAUGGUUAAGGCGCCCAGGGAAAGUGGGAGCGCCAGGGAACCGGUUGAAAUAAAGGCAGAAUCGGAUAUGUUCAGCUCACAAGCCCAUAUUGGAGAUGAAAGGAGCGCAACAAUUGUGGAUCAGACUGAAACCCAAACUGCUAGUCUGAAAGAGAAUCCCAAAGCUAAGGAAACGACGGCAGCCUUCGAGCAAAAUGAGACCAGCACCAACACCGAAAAAAUUAUAGGUGAAGAGCUACUCAAGCUGAAGGAGUCGGCAACCACGGAAGCCCAGUUAAAGGCAGCUCAAGUGGAUAGGGAUACAGAUACGGUUAAGGAAGAGUCGAGCAUCCCAACCACGUCUCAGUUGGAUCAGAACCCAACAAAUGCGACAGUUAAGGAGUCUACCGAAGCUCCUUUAAAAGAAGAAACUCUUUUGAAAGAGGUCUUAAACACAACCACUGAACAUACAUUGUUAACCGAGAAAGCCACUCAAAAAGAUUUAGUCAUAAUGAACCCCCCUUUAAGAGAGGCACAAACUGAGAUGAAGGCUAACAUCGCUGACUCUGUGGCAUCCGAUAAUCCCACCUUACCUCUAAAAGCAGUCUCUAUUGAAGUACCAAACACCACAGAGCGAGUGGUCAACACCACAACCACUCGUUCUUCCGAUCAUGGCCGAUCCAUGCAGUAUUCAUCCACCACCGAAGAAUCGAGCCGAUUCCCUGCUGCAGUUACACCCAUGAAAUUGAGGCCACUACCCAUGACUCCUACACUGGCCAGCACCACUUCAACAUCCACGCCCUCGCCAACCACGCCAGUUUCCUUCGCCUCCAAUGAGAAUGUCAUCGAGGAGUCCACCUCGAAGUCAGAGGUGCGCCAGUUGCCCGAGAAGCGAGCCAAGUUCAUAAGUGAAAACUCCACGAAUGCCCAGCAACUUACACUGCCCAACACAGCUGAGGUUUGGAGUCUGGCUGCCAUGAAGGCGGUACCCAAGGCACCGCUAACUACCACAACUAUCGUGCCACUCCUCAAGCCCACUGAUCUUGCGAAUGAUAUAGACAUGCCGCUCAAUAAAUCGGAGCUGCACAAGGAGAAGAAUCUCCUGGACUGGAUGAACAUUGCCAUGUUGCCACAGACGCCCGAGAAUCGCACCGAAUUUGUGGUCAGAACCACGCUGGAUGCCACCGAGGGCGCCACUCAGGCUACUACAGAAGCUUUGGCAGAGGAAAGCCACUCCAAAAGCGAGAUUACAGUGGGAUUGGAACACCAUAAUGUCACAACAGCAAGGAUAAUACCUUCAACACCGGAUCCUGGAUCUACGGACCUGAAUAUGACGACAACAACGGUGCGUGCACAACAACUGGAAGUUCCCAUGGUCAAAAAGAUGGCCGAUGUUGCCAACGCCAAGUUGACAGAGGCGAUUACAGAGGCUCAAAGGGAAACAGAAGUGGCAACAGAGGCUGAAACAGAGGCUGAAACAGAGGCGGCAACAGAGGCAGUAACAGAGGCUGCAACAGAGGCUGCAACAUCGGUUACAUUACCCGAGCAACUUGCAACAUCUGCCGUAACAGCGAGGGUUGAUUCAACACAAGCGGAACGGUUGAAUGUUACAACAGCAGCAGCAGAGUCAGGUGAAAUGUCUAAGGCAAAUUCAACAGAUACGUUGUCAGCGAUGACAAGCACAACUACUACCACAGAAAAGCCCACAUCUGUGGAGCAUAUAACCGCUAAGCUAGACUUGGAAGUAGCAACAUCACAGGCCACAACAGCUGCAACAUCAAGUGGACCAACGGAGGCCGUAGCAACAUCAUCAACAACAGCAGCAACUCUGCUUGCCUCAGAGGCAGCAGAAACAGCAGUGGCAUCAGCAACAUUCGAGGCUACAACAGCUGCAACAUCGAGUGUGGCAGCCACCCCCAGCACAACCGAAAUGGCCAUAAAAGCGACUGAAAUCAGCAAUAUCAGCAACAUCAGCGAGGGCGACGACGAUAACAGUAACGACGUCAUCGUUGCCACAACCAAAUUUCCAGAGAGCGAGCAGGCAGCAACAACGACAACGACAACGACAACGGCAACGGCAAGCGAGGAGCCAACAGCGACGACGGUUAGUGUGCGAGUGGCUGGCGAGGUGAGCACUUCGAUUCGGCCAGAAAUCAUCGUUACCAGUACGCGGAGCAGUGCGAUCGCGGGUACAAGUACAGCGGCGACAAGUGUAGCAACACCCACGCAAACGGAAAUUGCGCAAAUUAGCAAUGAAGUGAACUUGGAGGCAGUGACAGUGAAGACGCGCGACGGCUUCGGCAAUACGAAUGAGUUAAGAACAGCUGAGAAAACCGAUAACGCGGUCAAUAACAGUGUGGCCAUAACAGAGAGCGACUCGGGGGCAUUGGCAACAGCAGUGGAAAGCCACCCCACGACAGCCACCAGUCUGCUCAGUGACGUGAGCCAGCUGAGCAAGGAGCACGAGUCCUCGCUGGAGACCAACAACAUAGGCGAGGCGUCACCCGAAUCGACGACGCCAUCAACAGCAGCAGCAGCAGGAGCAGCAGCUGCCACUGUUGCUGUUGCAACGGAUGAGAGCACAGCGGCGGCAGCAACAGGUGGCCAGGAAAUCGAGAGGGAGGGUCAACAUCAUGAGGGACAACAGGUGGUUGAUGCGCAGGACACAGAGCAGCAGUUAGCCAAGACAACGAUGGCGGUGACAACGACAACAACCAGUGCUACAACAACUACCACCAGUACAACAACAACCACAACGGAAACGCCCUCAACCACUACAACAAUGCAGCCGGUGGAGAUAAGUCUGCUGGACGACAGCACCACCAGCACCACAACGCGGGUAUACUUCGAGUCCUCCACGGUGGCCAGCACCACCAGCAGCAGCACCACCAUGCUGCCGGAGACGACAACCGCGUCCACCCAGUCGCCAAGUCAACUGCCACCCACAUUCAUGGCCCCGUAUCCCAACGAACUGGAUCACAUGCAGACCAACGCCCAGGGCAAUGGGACGGACGUGAAUGUGAUCAUAGCCAUCACGGUCAGCGUGAUUGGUGUGGUGGCCCUCAUCCUGCUGGUGGCAUUCCUCUACUUGAUGCGCAAGCGCCAGAAGCAGACGUCCUAUGGCCAAAGAUGUCGCCCCGUGAGCCUGGAUGCCUACUCCCUGGACAACGUUUCCGUGCUGGGCAGUGUGCGGCGGAAGGGUCGCGACGUGCGGGCCUCCAAGCGGACCUACGGCAACGCCGCCUUCGAUGAUCCCUCGCUGCGGCACAAUCUCCUGACCGCCAGCGAGCUGGCCCGCUUCGCGGAGCGACGCUCCGACGUCUUCGAGGAGUUCCGGGACGUGCCGCAGAUCAUUGCCAGGGCGGACGAAGUGCCUCCUGGUUGUGAGGACAAGAACCGCUACGCCAACGUGAUUCCGCUUCCUGAGACGCGGGUGGUGCUCCAGCGGCAAGGCGACGAUGACAAAACGGAAUACAUUAAUGCCAAUUAUGUGCGGGGACCCCGAGAUGCGCCCAACUACUACAUAGCCUGCCAGGCGCCGCUGGAGAGCACGACCAGCGAUUUCUGGCGCAUGAUCUGGGAGCAGCAGUCGCGGGUGAUCGUCCAGGCGACGGAUCUCAGCGAGAAUGGCAUUGAGCGGUGCGCCGAGUACCUGCCACCGUCGGCGACUCUGGACAACCACAGCAGCUAUGGCGAUUACCAGGUGACCCUCAAGCAUCGCGAGGUCAAGGAUCGCUAUGCCAUUUCCACCUUGGUUCUGAAGCGCGUGGAUGGCGAGGAGAGCCGUGAGCUCACCCACUACUGGUACAAAUGGCCGGAGGCGGGUGUUCCGGCCGAGGAGGCGCCCAUCAUCGCCAUGCUGCUGGAGGCGCGUUCCUCGCUGAAGUCCUACUGCCUGGAGCAGGCCAACGAGCUGCGCGAGAAGUCCGCGACCCUGGAGACGUCAAUGGAUGCGGACGGCAGCAAAGCCGAGGCGGGCAGCACGUCCAGCCACGAGAUUAAUGGCAACAUUUCAAGUCGAAGCGCUGCACGCAGUCAGCAGGGACCGCUAACCGUUCACUGUUCUCCAGGCACGGGACGAACCGGUACCAUUAUAGCGUCGGACAUGGCCAUCCGCAGUCUGGAAACGCCGAAGCGGUCCGUGGACAUCCCCCAACUGGUUUACUACGUGCGACGGGGACGUGCCAGCGCCGUGCAGACCAAGGAGCAGUAUGAAUUUAUCUACAAGGUGGCCAGCAUGUAUGCGGCCAAGAUCACAAAUCUGUCCAACGACAACUGAAGGCCAAGGGGCCUUGAGGCAGACCCCAUCGAGUGGAAACCGAAUUUUCGAUUGAGUUCGCCUUUCCAGCACUGAUCCAUGGGACCCUGUAAUAAUAGUAGCUAUGUUUUAUACGAAAUAUUAGUGUAAAUUAGUAUUAUGCUUGAAUGUUGGCACCUACGUAAGCGUCGUUGUAUGUCGGGCUUUAAAUAUCAUUUAAAAUGUAUGUAUUCCUUUAUUAUUGUGAUAUAAUCGUACAUUCGUAUAUCUCCUGAUAAUCUGUUGCAUAUUUAUAAUGUCAAUUUUUGUUUUUGCACUGUCCCGAGUUCCGGGGCCAUAUAAUCCGGAGCAAAUGAUAAUUAUUUGGAGCUCUCCUUAUUUUAAGAAAGUCAAAUAUGUAAUCAAAACAAUGUAUGUAUCUAUUUUAAACGAGCUUUAAUGUACGUAAGUUAUUUUAAGUCUACAUCGAGCUGUACUGUACUCAUAUUAUUGUAAAUUACAAGAAAAAUAUGUUCAGCAGA